CCACAGUGCUCAGAGCCUCAGGCUGAACUGAACUGAGUCCAUGUCCCUGUGGGGCCCCCCUUUGAUUAAUUACGUACGUAUAUGUUGGUCCUGUGUUGUUUGAAGUUGAACGUCGCGCCACCUCUCCCGUUCACAACUUCCCACUCUCUUGUCCCUUCUCUCUCUACAUUCUCCCCCUGAUUUGGCAACUACCCUUCAGCAAAGCAACAUGACUGCUCUCCAUUGCUGGCUGCAGCUUAUCAGCUGGACUUCUCUUUUGGCCUUCGCGCAGGAGGCCGUGGGGGCCGUCACCAACUUCGACACGGGCAUCGCAGAAUUUGCCCCCAUCUUCCCCCGUAACGAGACAUAUGCGCCCUCUUCGGUCUUGCCUUUUGUCUUUCUUUCCAAAACCCGGCCGUCGCUCGGUCAAUGGUGGAAUGAGAGCACAAGUGACUGGGACGUCGCCGGUAAGCAACCUAUGUAUAUGAUAGAAGAGGAGCUGCCCGAUGCACCGGACGACGAGCCCUUCAUUGCCCACUAUGCCUUUGGAGGGGUUUUCGAUACCGAGGGUUACUGGAGUGGCUCGUGGAGCGUCACUUGGGGUAGCUGUACACAAGAGGAGGAUCGCCCGGUUGAGCAUAACCCUAAUGGCACCACGGGCGGCGUACAUUUCACGACAAAGGAAGGGGGACAGGAUCCUCAUGACUUUACAGAGGGCCCAUGUUCAGAAUCCGAGGGCCUUACGUGGAAUAUUACCGAAGUUGCCACGAGUCGCAGUGGCACUGACGUGUACUGUGCUUGGGUUUCCUCUACAAAGCCCGAAGCACGCCCGUGCGAAGCGCAAGUCGAGUCCGAGACGAUGGAGAGCAUCUUCUCCUCGGCUACAGAAGCCUACUGCGGCAGGGUGUAUGGGCUCGAAUGCCCCGAGGAGGACGAGGACGAGGACGGCGGCGCAGCCACGCGCGGGAGCUUCGCUGCUGCUUGGACAGCAUGCGUUGCCUGCUUUUACAAGGUUGGCCAGCUCGACAAGAGUGUGUCUGAGUUGGAUGCAGCGAGCAUUCGAUCCCUCUCGAAGCAGAUGCGUCGCUAUCUUGAGAGUGGCUUUGGCCCUGCUAACGAAACCGGCAUUCUCUUUGCUCAGUCAGGCCAGACUUCCCUGGGUCUCUACCUUGGCUCUGGACUCCAGAGAGAAGGCACUGGCUCAGCCGCCCUCGCUGCGUUCGAAUCUUCGUUGUCCUCUGAGAUGAUGGCAUCGAGCAUUGCCCUCCAAUGGUGUAGCCCCGAUAAGGAUGACGCCAUCAAGACAUGGUACAACGCUUCCUGCCUGGAUAUCCCAGACGCCGAGGCGAUUCCUGGCAAAGCCUACUUGGUGACUCCGCUGCUUGGAGAGCCCGUGAGGAACGAAACCUUGGGCACCUCCUUCAAGCGAUCCGAGCCUAGGAGACUUGCGGCACGCGGCGAAUGCGAGACGAUCGAAGUGAACCAGGGAAACGGUUGCCCUGAGCUGGCUCCCCGGUGCGGUAUCUCCGGCGACGACUUCACCAAGUAUAAUGAUUACGACGAUGAUCUGUGUUCCACCCUGCAGCGUGGGCAACAUGUCUGUUGCACUUCAGGAGAUCUUCCUGACUUCAGCCCCGACCCCAACCCCGACGGCUCUUGCUCCACACAUAGGGUCGGGCCUGAAGACACCUGCUCUUCCCUGGCUGCUGCCAACAGCCUGGACGCGGAAGAUAUUAAGGACUUCAACAAGAACACGUGGGGAUGGAGCGAAUGCGAUCCUCUAUACAGGGGCACUCUGAUAUGCCUUAGCCCAGGCGACCCCUCCAUGCCUGCGACGAGACCGACCGAUGGCACCAAAAUCUCUGAUCUCAAUCCGUGCCCACUCAAUGCCUGCUGUAACACUUGGGGCUUCUGCGGCAUCACAGAAGAGUACUGCACGGAUACCAGCACGGGCGCGCCCGGUACAGCCAAGGAGGGAACGAAUGGGUGCAUAUCGAACUGCGGUAACGACAUCAUCAAGAGCGACGCGCCCGCGGAAUUCCGUAAGAUUGGAUACUUCCAGGGCUACAACCUCAAAAGAGCUCGUGUCUUGCAGGACGCUACUCAGAUUGACGGCGCGGCGUGUACACAUCUGCAGUUUGCUUUUGGCAUGAUUACGCACGACUACGAGAUCAACGCCGGAGAUUUGUACUCGCAGUAUGAGUUUUGCGUUUGGAAGAGCAUCCAAGGCCCCAAGAAGAUUGUAUCCUUUGGCGGGUGGGCCUUUUCGGCGGAGCCAACCACGCACACAAUCUUUCGAGAGGGUACGAAGCCAGCGAACCGCUUGACACUGGCGACCAAUAUUGCCAACUUUGUCAAGGAGCAUGAUCUGGACGGUGCGCCCGACAUUCCCGGUAUCCCCCCUGGAGCCGAAGACGAGGGCCUCAACUACCUCAAGUUCCUUGUCGUCCUCAAGAACUUGCUGCCGGGCAAGGAGGUAUCCAUCGCAGCGCCUUCUUCCUUCUGGUACCUCAAGCAGUACCCCAUUGACCGCAUUGCAGAGGUUGUUUGUCGACUACAUUGUCUUCAUGACGUACGAUCUCCACGUCAGGUUAACGUCACCGAGACGCAUGAUGCCUUGUCCAUGAUCACCAAGGCUGGUGUUCCGUCUAAUAAGGUCGCCGCCGGCAUCACUAGCUACGGACGCUCCUAUAAUAUGGCCGACGGCGACUGCUACACUGCAGAGUGCUACUUCACGGGAACUCGCCUCUCUUCGGAUGCCACCUUGGGCCCUUGCACUGGCGAGUCGGGUAUCCUGGCCAAUGCCGAGAUCCUUGACAUUAUCGACGAUCCCAGCCGCGUCAACCACAACUUUGUGGACGCAGAUACGCAUAGCAACGUCCUCGUGUACGAUGGCAACCAGUACGUGAGCUGGAUGAGCGAAGACGUCAAGAGCCAGAGGCAGACAUUCUACCAGGCGCUCGGCAUCGGUGGCUCCGUUAACUGGGCGAUGGACCUGGAGAAACGUCGUGACCCUCCCGUCGGAUCAUCCAAUUGGGCCAUCUUCAAAUCUCUUGUCCGGGACGGAAAAGAUCCCGAUGUCCGGGGCGACCGCAACGGAAACUGGACGGAGCUCAAGUGCGACGACCUUGCCUGGGACGACCUCACAAACCUCUCCCCCGAGGAGCGUUGGCACCAGAUGGAUGCCCCUACCGCGUGGGCCGAUCUGGUCACCGUGUGGAAGGAGAACAAGGAUGGCGCCUACGAGGGCCUCUCUAAUGCCAUUGGUCUUAACAUGGGUCUUGACUAUGAGUUCGAUUGUGCGACUAUGAGGAAAAAUGACGGCUGCAGUGGACAAAUCACUUGCGUGAGCGAUGACCUUGGGCCUGGCCAAGGCGUUGCUGGGCUUGCCAUCCUCCAGUCGUUUGUUGCUAUCAACGGAAUGUUCAGAACCGUCGACGACGCCAUCACUGAUUCAGCUUCUCUUUUUAUCAACAACGCCCUUGUCAGCUUUGCCGACGACUUUGCCCCCGAGCCUCCAGAGGUAGAUAACACUUGGACGCUCGUCCUGCUCGACAUCCUGACUAUUGGUGCUUCGGCCGUCCUUGGCCCCGUCUUUAAGAAUAUUAUUGCAGGGCUGCCCCGAUUCGCAAAGGCUGGUUCCACUGCCGCAGCGAACAUCGAAGACACGUCCAUCCUCGCCGUCCAGCAGGGAACAACGCUGGCCAAGGACCUGCUCAGCACGCCUCCGUCCGAAUGGGACCAGGAGAACCAGGACGACUUCAAGGCGUACAUCACGACGGCGCUCGGAUCCUGGUCGACGAUUGUCAUUCAAAGUCUAGCAAAGCUGUUUGAUGGCAGCGACGAGUCUAUCGAGAGGCUGGGUGACAUGAUAGCGGACGGAACUUUUAUCUCCGGCGGCGGCAGACUUGGCAGCUCCUGGGGCUACAGCGAUGAAUCUCUGGCGACGGAAAGCGAUGUUCAGGUCCUGAGGAAAUCCAUUACCCGCAACUUCUUCGCCAUGGCUAUUCCCGAGAUCUGGAGAAUGUCAGGCACCUUUGGAUUUGUCGUUGACACCGGUGUCGACUGCGAUGACGACUUUUCCGAUCUAAAGGAUAAAGUCCUCGAGAAGACAAAGGUCUGUCAUAACGGAAAGCAGUACUACUUGGCCGACCCUAGUGGCGAUGCUAGUUGGGGCGACGACAAGUACUCCUUCUCUGUGCCACCCGGCGUGGACUCCCUAGGAGAAGAUAGCCGCUAUGGGAGUCUUACCGUCGAGGAUAUUGUCAUCGGAUCCCUUAACACGUACGAGGCUAAUGGCGGAAACGGUGCCCCUCGUCCUAAGGAGCUGGGCGAGAAUGAGAUUAAUAAGCUCGCCUUCACCGAUGAUGUGAGGGCUUCCGGUCUAAUGCGCCUCCCAGUCUGUUCUCCUGAACGUGCAUGGCGGGCGUGGUACUACGGAGAUACUAGCGAUGGUGACCACUACCCUUGCCACGUCUUGAAGGGCAGAGACUACUGCAGUAAGUCGACUUUCAAGAACCAGGGAAGCAACGCAUCACCUCCUGUGGAAGAUUGCCGUCAGAUCAUCAAAAACCUCGAAGGCUUGCCCGAGAAGGACUGGCGUGUUGAUAUUCUCGGAGGCCAAACGCAGCUAGCCAAGUCUGGCGAAUGUGCCUUUGGCGCCGAAGCUAGGCACAGUCCCGACGGUAAUAUCUGGUUCCGAGUUGGAUCGCAGGACAUCAUUGACCUUAUCAACGACUCCAUCAACAAGUUUGGCGACAGCGGUCGUGUCGGCGCCAAGGGAGACAUGGACUGCGAUGGUAAUGCCCCCCAGGUUGAGCAGGUGGAGUGGGGUAUCUACUAG